AUGAAGAAUAGAUCUCCUGAAGUUGAAAAAAAUAAGCAUACAAUUUUAAGAAGACAUGUUUUUACAGAAGAAGACACUGUUGUUUCCAUAAAUAAGAACUUAAAAUCGGCUGCCUUAGGACCAGACUGGUAUCGUAAACUUGAAAGCAUUAAAAGUGAAAAUGGAGAACAAGAGCUUGAGAUUAUUUACCAGGUUGAAGUGGAAUCUGUUCAGGAAGUAGACAAUAAAGAAUAUUGCUUGGAUGUAAAACUCACAAAUGGGAGGACUAUAUCUUGUGAUUUUGUCAUAUCUGCUACAGGAGUAGAACCUGCAGUAAAUUUUUCUUGGGAUAAAGAACCCAUAAAAGGAAAAGAUGGUGGACUAGCUGUGAAUGAGAAUCAAGAAACAACAGUGAAAGAUGUUUUUGCAGCUGGUGAUGUUGCUUUUGCUGCUUGGCCUUAUGCUCCACACUGGUUUCAGUUAAGGUUAUGGACUCAAGCCAGACAAAUGGCAGGUAUGGCUGCAAAAGCAAUGCAUGCUAGAAUAACAAAUCAAGAAGUACUCCAAGAUUUUUGUUUCGAGCUGUUCACACAUUGCACAACACUUUUUGGGUAUAGAGUAGUUUUAUUAGGAAAAUAUAAUGGACAAGGUUUAGGAAAUGAUUAUGAAAUACUUCUUCGAACAACGCCAAAUGUUGAAUACAUUAAGUUUGUUCUUCAAAAUGGGAGAUUACAAGGUGCAAUAUUAAUAGGGGAAACUGACUUAGAGGAAAUGUGUGAAAAUUUGAUUUUAGACCAAAUAGAUUUGACACCUUUUGGUGAUGAUAUUUUGAAUCCUGAUAUUGACAUUGAUGACUACUUUGAUUAA